UAGAAGACGCUGUGCGUACGAAACGUCACCAGUAAAACAAAAUGCUGCAUUUCUUUCACUUCCUCAGUAUUAUCGCCAUGACUGUUCCUAUCAAGUCGAACAACGUGUUGAAGCAACAGUAUAUAUCAGUAAUUGAUACUAUUGCAAAUCUGAAUAUUGGAUUUCUAAAGUUUUUAAAUGAAGGUCAACACAUGUUAAACAAAGAGACACCGAACAUGACGCCGCAGCACAACGACGUUUACGAUUUUAUUGUGGUUGGUGCUGGCACAGCUGGUGCCACGGUAGCUGCAAGAUUAAGCGAAAAUCCUGCAAUUAAAGUAUUGUUGAUUGAAGCUGGAAGUAAUGAGAACUAUUUAAUGGACGUUCCAGUAAUAGCACCUUACUUGCAAUUGAGUGACGUCAAUUGGGAAUAUUAUACAAAGCCAUCGGAUAAAUAUUGUCUCG